AGGACCCUAUGCUGGAAUGCCCAAGGAAGUCCUGCAGCAAUAUUCAAACCAAAUGCGUUACAGGUUGCCCAGAGAGAUUAUUUUCUGGCUCGUUGUUGCAGCCACACUAGUUUUGGUUGCCUGUACUAUCAGCAUUAUUGCAGUGUCUCCUAAGUGUCUGGAUUGGUGGCAAGGCAGUCCAAUCUACCAAAUCUAUCCACGAUCCUUCAAAGACUCUGAUGGGGAUGGUGUUGGGGACUUGAAUGGAAUUAAAGAGAAAUUGGAUUAUUUCGUGGAUUUAAACAUCAAAGCUAUUUGGAUAAGUUCAGUGUACAAGUCUCCAAUGAAAGAUUUUGGGUAUGAUGUCGAAGAUUUUGAAGAUAUUAAUCCAAUACUUGGAACAAUGGAAGAGUUUGACAGCCUCUUAAAAGCUGUACAUGACAAAGGUUUGAAACUAAUAAUGGACUUCAUUCCAAAUCACACGAGUAACAAACACCGUUGGUUUCAACUUAGCCGGAACCGAAAUGGAAAAUACACCGAUUACUACAUCUGGGUGAACUGUAAAUCAGAGAUGAACAAAACCAUUAGCCCCAACAAUUGGGUUAGCUUGUUCGGACAUUCUGCAUGGCAGUAUGAUGAGGUUCGCGGACAGUGUUACUUACACCAAUUCUUGAAGGAACAACCUGAUUUGAAUUACAGAAACAUUGAUGUGCAAGAAGAAAUGAAAAACAUAUUAAGAUUUUGGUUGAAGAAAGGAGUUGAUGGCUUCCAGGUGGAUGCAGUCAAAUAUCUUUUGGAAGCUGAAAGUCUAAGGAAUGAGCCUCAAGUCAACUUAACCCAGAAUCCAAAUAAUAUCACAUCAUAUGAUGAGCUAUAUCAUGACUACACAGCCACACAAGUGGGAAUGCAUGACAUUGUCCGGAGCUGGCGACAUGUUUUGAAUGAGUUCAGUACAGAACCAGGCAGAUACAGGUUUAUGCUGACUGAAUCCUAUGACAAUGAAGAACUUUAUAAGACCGUGAUGUACUAUGGAACACCGAUCCAAAAGGAAGCUGAUUUUCCCUUUAACUUCUACCUUAUUGAUCUCUAUAAAGACAUGUCAGGAAAUGGAGUAUUUAAAAUUGUAGAUUAUUGGAUGCGCAACAUGCCUGCAGGCAAAUGGCCAAAUUGGGUGGUAGGAAAUCAUGACAAUUCACGCAUUGCUUCUCGUAUUGGUGCACAAUAUACUGAUGUUGUUAAUAUGCUUCUGCUGACACUUCCUGGAACUCCUACCACUUACUAUGGGGAAGAAUUGGGAAUGAAGAAUAUCAUUGUACCUGAAGAUGAGAUUCAAGAUCCUUUUGGGAGAUUUGAUCAUGCAGCAAAUAGAGAUCCACAAAGCUCACCGAUGCAGUGGGACAGCAGUGCCAAUGCUGGCUUCAGUACAGCAAACAAAACUUGGCUACCUGUCCAUUCAAACCAUAUUAAAGUAAAUGUUGAAGUUGAAAAGAAAGAACAGAACUCCACCUUGACCCUCUACCGUGAGCUUAGCUUUCUUCGCCAGAGUGAAUUGCCAAUUCACAGGGGAUGGAUGUGUUACAUUUGGAAUGAUACAGAUGUGUUUGCAUAUGUGAGAGAACUGGAUGGUUUGGAUUCUGUCUUCUUGAUAGUGCUAAAUUUUGGUAAAGCUUCAGCAGUUAAUCUAGCGAGCAAAGUUCCAUAUCUUCCCAAAGAAGCAAAUGUAAGACUCAGUACUGACUCUAAUAAAAAAGGGAAGACGGUUCAGACAGCAUCCAUAAUAACUGGUGCUGGAGAAGGUCUUGUAUUGGAAUACAGAACAAAUAAUCCAGUCCAUAGUAAGGCAGAAUUCAAAGAUAAGUGCUAUAUUUCACAGAAAGCAUGUUAUUUGAGUACAUUAGGUUUACUGUACAAGAACUGUUAA